AUGAAAGCAAACUCGGUGUCAACAGAGCAAGUGUUGAGCAAGCAGGAAGUUGUGCACACAACACAUCGGAAUAGGUUGCACCUAGAGAAAUUGCGCAAGAGUGAUAUUGUCAAGAACUUCAUCAAGAAGAGUUUUGGUUCUGCUCUGGGCCAAAAACAGAAGUUCAGUCAAGACGAUGUUGAUGCACAGAGCGAGGAACUCACCAUGGCACCUCAAACCGCUUCCAAAAACACAGUUCCUCCCGUCUCCUCCAGUGUCAGCCAACCCCUGACCCAAGCUGGUGCUCCAUCUGACAACCAAGAACAGGAAGUUGAUGGCCAAGUCGUUGUCCCAGAACGUUCAGAUCUGGCGCAGGAAUUCAUUAGGGAUGCAACAGCUGACUCCAAGCAGCAUGAAGGAUGCUUUGACACAUGA